GUACCGGUAUACCAUACAACCCUACUACCUAUAUGUUUAUAGUUUUUUUUCUGUUUAUCUAUUUACUAUCUGUUUAUAUUAUUACAUUUUUUUAAUUAUUUAAUUUUGUAUUUUUAUAAUUUUUUAAAAUUCCUUUAUUUGUUAAUAUUUGUGACGUAACAUUAUCAGGUAAUAAGAAGGGACUUUUAUUUUGAAGGCGAGUUGGUCCCUCCUCUAGUUUCCGGUAGUCUCAGCACGACAGUCAGACGCCCACUUGUUUACACACGAGACAGGUUUACGUGUUUCAGCGCUCCAAGUUUGUUGUUUCUUCCCACAAAGUGCCUUGGAAACAUUGUCUGUAAGUCUUGUGUCUGUUUUAUGAGUAACAUGAAGACGUUGUGUGUGUGUGUAAAUGUAGAAAUAGCACUGUGCGACGAUAGCUUGUUCUACUUUUUAGCUUGUUGCUACUUAGCAUGUAGCUUCUUUGCUCGCUCACUCCUCUAAGGGAGGGUGCAAUGUUUAUAAAUGUAAAUCCUAUUCAUGUGUGGCUAUGAGUAUUACAUGGGCUGUAUAGGGCUAUUUACAUCACUUUAUGAGCACUGUUUACAUGCUAUUGUAUGGGCUGUGUGUGUAUGUGUGAAAACAUAUUAUGCAGCAAACAUUUAUGGAAAUGUAGUUACUUAGUGGUGUUUAUUUGACAUAUAUUUUGUGUCUCUUUAUACAGUUUUACAAUAAUAACAACAAAGAAAGAAAUGACCAAUUAGACAAGAAGAAAGGAAAAGUGCAUUCCCUGUGAAAACCACUAAAGCUUCUUAAAGAUAAAAGGCCUGGACUCUUUCUUCCCUUUCCUUGGAAUCUUCAUGUUAGCUAUCCGUCAACUUGUUAACGUCACGGACACAGACACGUAGGACGGAAUAGUAAAAAGACAAGCUUCACGGCGGGCACUUUAACAACAGAAGCAAUAAAAAUGGACAACGCCGAAACAAGUGGAGACAUCGGCAGCGGUGAUGUGGCCAGCACGGAAAGAGACCGUGGACACGACGCUGCCUCCCUGCAUUCCACCACAACUGCAGGAUCCAGUCUUUCCUCAACUAGCAAAGCUGCUAUCAAGGCCCGCGCUAAACUCGAAGCUGCGCGCGCACGCGCUUCCUACGGACGCCGAGAAGCAGAACUGAAGGCUAAAGAAGCCAGAAUAGCAGCCGAGUUAUCAACACUGCAGGAUGAGAAGGAGGUAGCAGCAGCAUUAGCUGAAACCCAAUUCCUCGAAGAAGCAGCUGAGCUUGAGAGCCGUGAAGGAAGUAGAAUGAGCCACUUUGGAUUGGCUAGCAAUAGCAACCAACGCACACACGACUAUGUUGAACAACACACAAAGCGACAAUCUAGCUAUGGAGAGCCCCCUGUACUAGAAACAUAUACUCCCCAAGCUCCUCAACUGUCAGCUGCAGCUCAACUACCCAAAGAGUUGACAAUUACUGCUCCUACACAACAAACUGGGAGGCCUACAUCAGCUGCUACACAGCAACACACAAGGUCGGUGCCUGCAGUACAUCGACAGUUCCCUGACACGGUCCCACCUCGUCAGUUCUCGCCUGUCCAGUCAUAUUAUCCCCCUCUCAGAACCCCGCUGCAGUCAAAUCCAAAAGACAUGACUGCUAUGAGUGACAUUGCAAGAUAUUUUGUGCGCCGGGAGCUUGUGAGUUCCGGUCUCACCCAGUUCAACGACCACCCGGAAAACUACUGGGCAUGGAAGUCCUCUUACAUCAACGCUACUGGAGAACUCAACUUAAAUGCCAGUGAGGAACUCAACCUAUUAACAAAGUGGCUAGGAAGAGAGUCCUCGGAGCAUGUCAAAAGGAUUCGCUCUGUCCAUGUCGCCAACCCUGCUGUAGGUCUGCAACUUGUCUGGGAACGCCUAGAAGAGUGCUACGGCUCCCCGGAGGUGAUAGAGAGAUCCCUCUUCAAAAGACUUGAGGAUUUUCCGAAGCUGUCCAACAAAGAACCCACAAAACUAAGGGAACUUGGAGACCUGCUCUCAGAGUUAAACGCUGCUAAGUCUGAAGACUACCUGCAAGGGCUCUCAUACCUGGACACAGCCAGGGGUGUGAACCCCAUUGUAGAAAAGCUGCCACACGGUCUGCAAGAAAAAUGGUUGGCUAAGGGUUCUCAGUACAAGGAGCAGUACAAUGUUUCCUUUCCCCCUUUUGCCUACUUCACCGACUUCAUCUGCAGCGAAGCACGUAGAAGAAACGACCCCAGUUUUUCCCUCACUCUAACUCCGCUGAAAACAUCUAAUCAUCUCCCAAAGCACGAACAGUUUGAAAGAGGGGCAAGAUACGCUAAACGACAAGUAUCUACCCACAAGACAGAUGUCGAAGGAAACAACUCAACUUCUCAAAUGUUCAGUUCAAGUUACAAGCUCGACGAUGUCGGGAGACAGUGUCCCAUACAUCAGAAACCCCAUCCUCUGAACAAGUGCCGUGGUUUUCGAAGCAAACCACUUGAAGAGCGCAGAGCCUUUCUGAAAGACAAUGGGGUCUGCUUCAAGUGUUGCUCCUCCACGACCCACCUGGCGAGGAACUGUAAGACUGCUCUCAAGUGUAAUGAAUGUGAGAGCGACGACCAUGUAGCCGCACUUCAUCCUGGACCUCCACCGUGGGAUAAAGAGAACAAGGACCCCCCCUCACAGUAUGGCGGGGAGAGUGAAGAGAAAGCGCCUGGACCAGCAGUCACCUCGAAAUGUACAGAAGUCUGCGGCAAAGGGCAAAGCCUCCGGUCCUGUUCCAAGAUAUGCCUUGUUAAGGUUUAUCCCAAAACACACCCAGACAGAGCUACUAACGUCUACAUCCUCCUAGAUGACCAGAGCAACAGAUCCCUGGCGAGGUCUGAGUUCUUUGACCUCUUCCAAAUCAAAGGUUCAGACUCACCUUACACUCUCCGGACAUGUGCAGGAGUCUCCGAGACAUCCGGAAGGAGAGCCACUGGGUUCAUCGCAGAGUCUCUGGAUGGAAAAACCAGUGUGGUGCUUCCAACACUCAUAGAAUGUAACCACAUGCCAGACGACCGGUCCGAGAUCCCAACUCCCGAGGUCGCACGACACCACAACCACUUGAGGUCCAUCGCUCACAUGAUCCCACGUCUGGACCCUGAAGCCCAGAUACUAAUACUUCUUGGACGCGACGUCCUUCAGGUCCAUAAAGUCAGAGAGCAGCGUAACGGUCCUCAGAGUGCCCCCUUCGCCCAACGACUGGAUCUUGGCUGGGUUGUCGUAGGAGAUGUGUGUCUCGGGUCAGCCCACAAAGCGGCAGCUGUGACUUCCUACCGUACCAGUGUGCUUGAAAAUGGAAGACCAUCUCUCCUCACUCCAUGUCCCAACCAGCUUCAAGUCAAGGAAAGGUUCAGCUCCAAAGUACACAAUGCAACUUCUUCUAGCAGCCUUAAAUUCAACAUCCCUGUCCUCGAUGACAGCAACUUGGGCAACACGAUCUUCCAGAGCACUAAAGAUGAUGAUCAAGUAGGACUUUCCAUCGAGGACCGAAUGUUCCUGGAUUUCAUGGACAGAGAGAUGACAAUGGAUGACACCAACAGCUGGGUGGCACCGCUUCCAUUCAGAUCUCCUCGUCAAAGACUGCCAAACAAUAGACAACAAAAAAUCUUCGAUCGCAACCAUGCUGAGUUGGCACCGCCACUAGAGGAAGGAGGUGAGUGCUGGUACUUACCUAUUUUUGGUGUCUAUCAUCCCCAGAAGCCGGACAAGAUCAGGGUCGUCUUCGACUCCAGUGCUCAAGAUCAUGGCAUUUCCCUGAAUGACGUACUACUUACUGGGCCGGAUCUAAACAACAGUUUGCUUGGCGUGUUGCUGCGCUUCAGAAGAGAGACUGUUGCUGUAAUAGCAGACAUUGAACAAAUGUUCCACAGCUUUGUCGUUCGCAAAGACAACAGAGACUUUUUGCGCUUCUUGUGGUUCAAAGAAAACGACCCCGGCCAAGAGAUUGUGGAGUAUCGCAUGAAAGUCCAUAUAUUCGGUAACUCACCCUCCCCAGCAGUAGCCAUCUACGGGCUUCACCGUGCAGCAGAACAUGGAGCAGAGGAACAUGGAUUAGAUGCCAAACACUUUGUGGAACGCGACUUCUACGUCGAUGACGGGCUCACGUCGCUACCUUCAGCCACGGAAGCCAUCGACCUGCUGACAAGGACACAGGAGAUGUUGGCUGCUUCAAACCUGAGACUCCACAAGAUAGCAUCCAACUGCUCUAAUGUGCUAAAGGCCUUCUCUCAGGAAGAUCAUGCAGGAGGACUACAAAACUUGGAUUUCGACGACAACUCCACUCUCGUCCAACGCAGUUUGGGACUCAGCUGGGAGCUAAAGCAUGACAUCUUCACCUACAAAACAAUAGCCACAGAGAAACCCUACACACGUAGAGGUGCUCUAGCAGUAGUGAACAGCCUGUUCGACCCUCUCGGUCUUGUAGCUCCAGUCGUCAUUCAAGGGAAGUUUCUACUCCGAGAACUGACUUGCAACGAAGCCCUUGACUGGGACACCCCUCUACCGAAGACAAAGGAAGCUGAAUGGAAGAUGUGGAAAGAUUCAUUACAAGAUUUACAAGACAUUAGGAUACCUAGAGCGUACUCAACUACCACCUUGUCUACUGCACAGAAGAGAGAACUUCAUUUUUUCUGUGACGCUUCAGUAAAGGCUAUCGCUGCCGUUGGCUACCUCAAAGUAAUUGACAGCGAUGGAGGGUGCCACGUCGGUUUUGUCCUGGGAAAGGCGAAACUAGCACCUCCAUCCGCCCACACUAUUCCAAGACUGGAAUUGGGAGCUGCUGUACUCGCAGUGGAAAUGGCAGAGUUGGUACAGAGAGAGCUGGACAUUUGUAUUGACACAAUGCAUUUCUACACAGACAGCAGAGUCGUCCUGGGAUACAUCUACAACCAGACCAGGCGAUUCUACGUGUACGUCUGCAACAGGGUGCAGCGAAUCAGAAGGUCAACCAAACCAGAUCAGUGGCACUACGUCCACACAGCUCAAAACCCAGCAGAUCAUGCUUCACGAUCAGUUCCUGCAACGGAGCUAACAAACACUACAUGGUUCACAGGACCCACCUUUCUGUACCUGCCUGAUGAAGUUCCCAGCUCUGAAAUGGAACAUCACAAGCUCGUCGACCCAGACACUGACAGCGAGGUACGUUCCCAUGCUACAGCACUUUCCAUUCCUCACUCUAAGCUAGGAUCUCAUCGGUUUGGGCGAUUUUCCACAUGGAAGUCACUAGUACGGGCUAUCACUUCCAUAACCAACAUGCUGGAACGUAAAAGAGCACCAGUCACAACCGGCGAUAUCACUAAACCCGUUACAGCACAACUAUCAAAAGCAGAGACUAUCAUAAUUAGUUGUGUGCAAAAAGAGACUUACAGAACUGAGCUCGACUGCUUGGCUGCUGGGAAAAACAUUCCAAAAGACAGUCCCCUAAGAAAGCUGGACCCUUACAUGGAUGAAAAGGGACUUUUGAGGAUAGGAGGAAGGCUCAAGCAUGCCACACUGGACAUUGGAGAGCAGUUUCCUAUUAUCAUUCCAGCCCACAACCAAAUUGGGAAGCUCCUUGUGAGACACUACCACCAAAAGGUCAAACAUCAGGGUCGUGUCUUCACAGAAGGAUCCAUCCGUACAGCAGGAUACUGGAUUGUUGGUGCCAAACGGUGCAUCAACAGCAUUCUCCGCAAAUGUGUGGUUUGCAACAAACUUCGUGGAAGGACUGCUGAACAGAAAAUGGCGGAUCUUCCCCCUGACCGUCUGUGCACAGAACCACCUUUUACCUAUGUGGGACUUGAUGUGUUCGGUCCCUGGUCUGUCACCACGAGACGGACCCGUGGAGGUCAAGCUGAAAGCAAGAGGUGGGCAGUGCUCUUCACGUGCAUGAGCACGCGUGCCGUGCACAUAGAACUCAUCGAAUCAAUGGAAACAUCAAGUUUCAUCAACGCUUUACGUCGAUUAUUUGCACUGAGAGGACCCGCAAAGCAGAUUCGUUCCGACUGUGGGACAAACUUCAUUGGUGCCUGCAAGGAGUUGCACAUGGUCCUAACAGAUCCCAAAGAGCCCAAUGUCAGGAAGUAUUUGGGUGAGGAAGGGUGUACGUGGAUUUUCAACCCGCCUCAUUCCUCCCAUAUGGGAGGAGCCUGGGAACGCAUGAUUGGAGUCUCCAGAAGAAUUCUUGACUCCAUGCUUCAAGAAUCCAGCCGAUCACAUCUCACUCAUGAAGUGUUGUCUACGCUAAUGGCAGAAGUAACAGCGAUCAUUAAUGCCAGACCACUCACACCGAUCUCCUCAGACCCGGAAUCUCCUUUCCUUCUGACCCCUGCUUCGCUAUUGACGCAGAAGUUGUGCACUCUCCCUGCCCCUCCUGGAACGUUCGACAACAAGGAUCUCUACCGCCAGCAGUGGAGGAAGGUGCAGCAUCUCGCCAACACCUUUUGGCACAGAUGGAGGCGCGAAUACCUUCCCACACUUCAAAAUCGCAACAAGUGGCAAGAUGUCAAGCCUAAUCUGAAGGAGGGUGACCUUGUGUUGCUCAAAGACAAUCAAGCUAAGAGGAACGAGUGGCCCCUGGCUCUUGUCACAAAGACUUUCCCCGACCAGGACGGGAAGGUCAGGAAGAUAGAACUCAAGGUCACAAGAUCUGGAUCUGCAAAGACUUUUCUGAGGCCUGUCUCUGAGACAGUCCUUCUCUUGGCAGCUAAUGAUACAGACUAAGUUAAGUUAGGUUUCUGUAAUUUGUAUCAAUCAUGUUCCUACUGCAGUUCGAAAUAGUGGUAUAGUAUUUAUACCAGGCGGGGAGUGUGACGUAACAUUAUCAGGUAAUAAGAAGGGACUUUUAUUUUGAAGGCGAGUUGGUCCCUCCUCUAGUUUCCGGUAGUCUCAGCACGACAGUCAGACGCCCACUUGUUUACACACGAGACAGGUUUACGUGUUUCAGCGCUCCAAGUUUGUUGUUUCUUCCCACAAAGUGCCUUGGAAACAUUGUCUGUAAGUCUUGUGUCUGUUUUAUGAGUAACAUGAAGACGUUGUGUGUGUGUGUAAAUGUAGAAAUAGCACUGUGCGACGAUAGCUUGUUCUACUUUUUAGCUUGUUGCUACUUAGCAUGUAGCUUCUUUGCUCGCUCACUCCUCUAAGGGAGGGUGCAAUGUUUAUAAAUGUAAAUCCUAUUCAUGUGUGGCUAUGAGUAUUACAUGGGCUGUAUAGGGCUAUUUACAUCACUUUAUGAGCACUGUUUACAUGCUAUUGUAUGGGCUGUGUGUGUAUGUGUGAAAACAUAUUAUGCAGCAAACAUUUAUGGAAAUGUAGUUACUUAGUGGUGUUUAUUUGACAUAUAUUUUGUGUCUCUUUAUACAGUUUUACAAUAAUAACAACAAAGAAAGAAAUGACCAAUUAGACAAGAAGAAAGGAAAAGUGCAUUCCCUGUGAAAACCACUAAAGCUUCUUAAAGAUAAAAGGCCUGGACUCUUUCUUCCCUUUCCUUGGAAUCUUCAUGUUAGCUAUCCGUCAACUUGUUAACG